GUCCUGAACUUUAAAAGUGAAAGUAGCUGCUGCUGUGCAUGGGGCCCUGCUGCUCGGGUCAAGGCAGCAGCUGAGCGCCCAGCACCCUGCCCGUGAAAACUCAGGGGAGGGAGGUUAUCUUAGCGUGUGAAAUGCCGGUUGCUCAGAAGGUGGGAGGCGGAGGGGCAUCAGGCCGGCAGCUCAGGCAGAAAUAGGAGAGGGAGGGUAGCUGGUAGCUGGAGAGGAGGCAGCAGCAGAGCAACUGGGCCGUUCAAGUGUGGCAGGGCGGGCAGCAGCUGGAGGCUGGUGCUGGGCGGGGGGAAGCCGUUAUCUCCCCGCCCCCCGCGCGGAGAGCUGCCGCAGGGGAGCGACCAGGCCCGGGCAGGGGGCUGCAGCCCCGGGAGAAGCUCGCCAUGGCCUCUGAGGCGGGGGAGCGCGCCGAGGAGCUUCCCCCCGACGGCACGUGCGACGUCUGCGAGCCCGAUGAAGCCAAGAGCGCCGUGGGGGUGUGCGAGGAGUGCGGCUUCUCCUUCUGCCAGCCCCACGCCGAGGCGCACGGCCGGAAGUUCGCGGCCCACCGCCUGCGGGGCCCCGCCGCGGGCGGCGAGGAGCUGGGGGAAGAGGCGCCCAAGCUGGAGCGGAAGAAGUGCGAGGAGCACGGGCAGGAGCUGAGCCUGUACUGCAAGGAGCACGAGAAGAUCAUCUGCGUGCUGUGCGCCGUCACCGGCGCCCACCGGCAGCACCAGCUCAUCACCCUGGCUGAAGCCUACCAGGCCAUGAGGAAUAGAGAACCCGUUGACCUGAAGGUGGCCAUGCUGGAGAUGGUGGAAAGGUUAAAGUUCAAGUGUGCAGACCCUAAAGUGACUCGGAGUGAGAUGAAACUGUGUGUUCAGCAGGAGUUUGACACUGUACGGCAGCUGGUCUGCGAGGAGGAACGGAAAGCUCUCCACCUAGUGGACCUCCAGGAAGCAGUGGCCACUGCUCAUGUGACAGAGGUGCUGGCGGAAAUCAACGUCCACAUGGCAAAGCUGAUGACUGAGAUGGCAGAGAUCAGAAGGCAGCUGAACACCUUCAAUGAGUUAGCCCUGCUCAAGCCUGAGAGCAACGAUGAGGAACCCAGGUUCUUAUUCCUGCAUCAUUUACAAAUACACUUUAAUGUGAUGAAUAAAGGAAGAGUUUGAGAGUUACUUCAGGCAACCCUACAGCCAUUGGAGCCCUAGCUUUACUAAAGCUAUCUCAGUGACAGUAAAGAGAUAUUAACAGGAUCCCAGAAGAAGAGUAAAUUAUAAACAGGAACAAUCUGCUCACUUUACAUAGAACAAUUUUGAGUUAAUAGCCCGCUUUGCCACUAGGGAGUAGUUGUCCAUUGUCUUUCCAUCUGCCCUUAUUCUGUCUCUCUCUGAUUAGAACUUGUUUGGGCUGGGGCAUAUUGAUGUGCAUGAAGAUGGAAGUUUAACCAGUGCUUAGUCAUUUUAAAGAGGGUUUUUGCCGAGACUUGUAAAGCGGACAGCAAUUUUUCAUCUUCUGCCUGCUAUUCUGGGCUCUUCCUGUCCAGGUGGGUUUCUUAUCCUCCUCCUGCCUGAUCUGGAGGUGAAGUAUUGCACUGUGUGAAACUGUCGUCAAAAAAUUUCCAGCCUAAACGCAAAAUCUAAUCACCCAUCCUUAGCAUGAUGAUGAAAGAGCAAAUGUUAUUUUAUUUGCCCACCAGAUAAAAUUAUUUGCCUUAAACUUUGUAUGUCAAAUGACACUACCAAGGUUUCCAGGCUCCAUAUAAUACCUUGCAACUUUUCCUGCCCCCUACAUAAGCUAGCCUUGCUUUUGGAAUAUAACUGUGAUACAGAACUGACACUAGGUUUUAGGAAACUAAGGCAGUAAUAGCCUUAAGGUUCACAGUUACUAGAAUAUGCCCCCUCAGUACAUCUGUUCGGAGCUCCGUAUGCAGGGCUAGCCCGGGUUAUGCUUUAAAAUUACAGCCUCUCUCUCUCUCUCUCUCUCUUCAGAGAGCCUUCUGUAUACUAGCAAUAUAGGGCCAGAUUCUCUUCAUAAUGGCCUGCCCCAGUUGAACUCCAGUGAGUUAAAUGGAACUGAGAGGGUAUAAUUGAGAGGAAAAGCAGGCCCAUAGUAUUGAAAUAAGAUUAACAUUUUUGUGGGAGUGGACUGGUAAAUAAAACGGUGUCUAUAUUUGUGACUUGGACAGUAGGUGUCUUGUUAGAAAGCAUUUGUUUUGUUUGUUCUGCUGUGAGUUGCUCUGACACACAGUGUGCUCCAUAAAGUGAGCUGUGCAUAGUCAGUUCAUUGCAGUCUGAGCUGGAAUGCUAAUACAGCCCUUUUAUUUCUCUGAUGUUAUGAAUUCAUUUCUUGGUUGCAAUUCAUUCAUUGUUGCAUUACCUUAAUUUUGGUGGGCUUUCUCUUAAGCCCAGGCAUAUGGCUAUGAUAUUAGGGAAGCAGAGAACAUGUGAGAAAGGAGCCAUUUAUCAUUCUGAGAGACCUUCAAAUACUCUUGUAGGACUGAUGUGAAGAGACUCACCUGUCACACUUCAGCUGUGUAGGGUGAGCGGGAUCUUUCUUCUCCCUCUCCUUUCUUUCCCUCAGUAGGAUGAAAAGUGGGGCUACUUUGUGAGCUCUGUCUCUAACAAAACCCAAGCAGUAAUUGAUUUUCAGAGCAUAGCAGCUUGCUAAUUGCAAUGCUUUUUAUUUUGUAAGUUUCAGCAUGCUUCCAAGAGAAUGCUGUCCACACCAGAAUAUCUUAAACGGUCCCUCUGUAUCACUUAUUGUAUGUUUUUAAUGCUGUGAGCAUAAUUCAUGAUGGCUCAGGUUGGGGGGCUGGGGGAAAGAGGUGUGGGUAUAUGUGCCCAUUUACGGAUGUUUAGACUGCUGUGUCUGAAGGGGUCACUUAUGCAGGGAGCACCCCAGUAAUUAAGAAGAAUGGCUGUAUGCUCUAGAAUAAGAUUCCUCUAAAGUCUCUGAAGCCAGCCCCAGAGGUGGCCACUCUAUGGUUCCUUUAAGAGUAGGUUCUGUGGUGAAUUCUUUUUAUACUGUUGGCCUUAACAUCUGUUGGUCCCAUGAUAAGAAGACAUCGGGAAUCAGUGAGCUUGCUUUCUCAGCCUCAUUUAAAGGUAACGUAGGCCACCGGCCUGUCUCCUCCAACUCAGGAAAUACUUUGGAUGUGGCAUUAAUCUAUUCAAGGCCUUCCUUCAGGGUACAGUUUUAUUCCUCAACCAUAAGACUCACAAAGUAACACCAAAUAAAGCUAGUCCCUGUACCAAAGCAGGCUGUAGGGGCCCAGAAGCCUCUUUCCCACUGCUCCAGGGCCAGCCACAGAGAGUCAUCUGCUCCCCACAGCUUGCUUGCUCAACUGAGACACUGGUUGACUUGUAUAAUCACUUGAUCAGUCUCAGCUGGGAAGUAGCUGAUCAUUCACAGAUGAGACUGAGCCCCCACUUCUUUAAAAGGGUCAGUCACCUUGUGACAGGUAGCAUUUUACUGAAGAAUCAGAAUGCAAUAUUCUCCUGUCAUCCAGCAACUGGUUAGUCUGACUGGGGACUCUUGAGUUUGACCUAUUUUUUAAAUAUAUUUUAAUUGUAAUAACUGCUUUGAGGUUCUAGCCAUAGGUGAGCAGGUAUUUCCUCCUCUAAUAGUGUGCAUACCAGUUAUAAACUAAAACCCUAUCCCAUCUUCAUGGAGAAUGUGUGACCUCUUUAGUGAUGCACAAAGAGGAAUUUAGUCAGAAGUCUGACAAUUGUUAACUUUGUUUUUGCCACAGACAGAGCUGGCUCUUUAAACUACCCUGACAAUGCCAAGAAGUUCUUCCAGCUUAGAGCAUAGAGUUUUCACUUUUUUGACGUUGCUCCAUUCACC